AUGGGUUAUGAUAAAUCUCACUUUUAUUUGGAUGAAGAUAAGUUUCAAAGAGAGAUUGUGCAACAUCAACCAAGUUUCUCUUUUGAGAGUGGUAAUUCUCAAUCUUCAACCAUACAAUAUAUGAAUAAUAUUGUUGACAAUGUUUGUGUCACCAACACAGUUCAUGAGAACAUUGCUCAAGAAUAUACUUGUGCUACUAAUUCACAACAAUUACCACCUUCUCAAUACAUUUUAUCUUUUGAAAACUCAACUAUGCAACCUUCUCCUAAUAGUGACAUUGCAACAUGUUCUUCUAUCAUGGUUCAAGAAACAACAACAUUGAAUAACAAUGUGAGUAGUGAAUUACCAAAGAUAAUUAAGAAAAGAACUAAGAAUCUUAGAAGCUCUUGUGAGAUGCAAGAUCACAUUAUGGCUGAGAGAAAAAGGAGACAAGUUCUUACUGAAAGGUUCAUAGCACUGUCUGCCACUAUACCUGGAUUGAAGAAGACUGGUAAGGUCUACAUACUUCAAGAAGCUAUCAAUUAUGUGAAACAACUUCAAGAAAGGGUAAAAAAGCUAGAGAAGGAAGUACCUAGGGUUGAAGCAAGGGUCAUAGACAAGGAAAUUCUCAUUGGAAUCCAUUGUGAGAAACAAAAGGAUAUUGUGGUCAGAUUAAUGGCUUUGCUUCAAAAUCUUCAUCUUUCUGUUGCUAGUCGUAGCAGCGUAUUGCCUUUUGGAAGUUCCACUCUAAAAGUUACAAUCAUUGCUCAGGUUGUUGAGUGCAUGAAUAUGUUUGGGCACAUUCACCCUUUGAGCUAA